GCGAUUCUCAUUUUGCACAGAGAGACACGUACUGUACAAAAUCAUAGACCUGCGGUACAUAAGAAGGCGUAUAAAAGUUGCAUAGAGCAAGAGAGAAAGAUACUUAGAGAAAAGGAAAUGGAAGGUUAUCAUGCAGAAACGUUUUGGUCAGUAGCAAUAGUUGGAUUUUGCAUCCUACUGAUACGAGUGUGUGAUGCAAUUUGGCUGAAACCUAGAAGGAUUCGGUCUGUUCUCUUGAAACAAGGAAUUGGAGGGCCAAGACCUUGUUUCUUGUAUGGAAAUGUACAGGAAAUGCAAAAGAUCCAAGCAAUGGUAGCUAAAACUACCCAAACUUCACAUGUUCAACCUGCUUCGUCGUCCCACAAUGCUUGGGCUUAUUCCAUUUUCCCCCACUUCCAUCAAUGGGCACAACAGUAUGGACGAGUAUACACAUAUACGACAUGGAGCAAGCAACAUUUAUAUGUGGGGGAACCGGAGUUGAUGAAGGCAUUGAAUCUGAACACAUCCUUGGAUUUAGGUAGAUCUACCCAUCUCUCCAACUCCAUUGAGCCCAUGGUUGGCAACGGCAUCAUAAGGGCCAACGGACCUUACUGGGCGCACCAGAAGAAGCUCAUUGCUCCUGAGUUUUUCUUGCACAAAAUUAAGCGCAUGUCGGGACUGAUGGAGGAAUGUACCUUAGCGAUGAUAAGGACAUGGCAAAACGAAGUUGAGAGUAAGGAAGGAGUUGCAGAUAUUACUAUUGAUAGGGAUUUGAAGAGCCUAGCCGGUGACAUUAUCUCAAAAGCUUGUUUUGGCAGCUCGUACUCCCAAGGCAAGCAGAUAUUUGCAACAUUGGAAGCCCUUCAAGAAGCUACUUCCAAACCGAUUAUACAACGCUUCGGGCUUAAAAAUUUCAGGUUUCUUCCUACAAAGAGCAACAGGGAAAUAUGGAGAUUACAGAAAGAGGUAAAAACACAGAUACUGAAAGUUGUCAAGGCUCGCCGAGGAAAAAGCCAAAGGACUAGCAAACCUGAGGACUUACUGGAUGCCCUACUUCAGAGUGUUGCUGAUAGUAAAGAAAUCCAACAUCCUCGUGAUGCAGAGCGCUUUAUAGUGGAUAACUGCAAGAACAUCUACUUUGCUGGCCAUGAGACCACCGCUCUUUCAGCUUCCUGGUGCUUGAUGCUUCUCGCAUUACAUCCUGAGUGGCAAGAACGUGUCCGAGCUGAGAUUGUCGAGAUAUGUGGUGAUAGGCUCCAUGAUUCCUUGCUUGACUUGGAUAAAUUGUAUCAGUUAAAAAUGAUGCAGCUGCCGAUGGUGAUUCACGAAAGCCUUCGACUCUACAAUCCAGCCGUUAUAACAUCAAGAGAAGCUCUUUCUGACAUCACUGUGGGUGAUUUAAUGAUCCCAAGAGGCACCAACAUUUGGAUAUCGGUUACGGCAUUGCACCGCGAUCCUGACAAUUGGGGUGAGGAUGCUAAUGAGUUCAGGCCGGAGAGGUUUGCGCAAGGGAUAACCGAAGCUUGCAAGUACCCACAGUCAUAUAUUCCUUUUGGUUUUGGCAGUCGACUGUGCAUUGGGAAGACCUUUGCCAUGUUGGAACUGAAAAUAAUACUCUCUCUAAUUCUAACCAACUUCAGUUUUUCACUCUCUCCAGAGUACCACCACAUACCUGUCUACAAGAUUGCACUCUCACCCAAACAGGGCAUUAGACUACUUGCAAAGUCGGUCCUGUCAGGACCAAAUAAUAUUUAAUCCUAGCAAAUCUGCCGUCGUUUUUUAUUGUUAACAAGCGCCUUUGGUCCUUCAGUUUCUUUGUCUUCAGAGAAAGUUGUUGGGGAGUAUGGGUAAGUUAAUUAUCAAUUAGUAUUUCUAGUGUUCAGUUUUGGAUAGGCUGAAUGUAUUUCUGUAGCUCUAUUUUGAGCCUUAAUUAGAUUACAAUAAAAACUCUGGCUUAUAAUCAAGAAAAUUA